ACGAGACGAGGGCGCACUGAUCCUGGAACGGUUCUGAAAGUGGCCUUCGUGCUUAAUAAUUGUUGGUGGGGGGAAUCGAAACUGAUCCCAAGUCAGGCAUUGAGCUUGUUUUACGUCAAGCGAUGUGUCACUGAAAUACGGCAAACACAAAACAAAAUCUCUGGCAAUGGCUACCUACGCAAAGGACGUGAAGGGACAAAGGCGUUUAGAUAAUUGCGUGGAUUUAUAAUUGUGCCUUUAACAUUACUCUUACCUCGAUAGUCUUACUGAAAGGUUACAGCAGUAGGCUAGAAGCAUUAUAAACGUUAACGUUACUUGGCUGACAUUAUAGUGGACCUGGCGUGAUGGAAACGGAGGAACAAGCGAGGAACCGUUUCCAAGCGGAGUUGGAAUUCGUACAGUGUUUGGCAAAUCCAAAUUACCUCAAUUUUCUCGCUCAGAGAGGUUACUUCCGAGACAAGCCCUUUGUGAACUACUUGAAGUACUUGCUUUACUGGAAGGAACCUGAAUAUGCCAAAUUUCUAAAAUACCCCCACUGCCUGCCCAUGCUCGAGCUCCUGCAGUAUGAGCACUUCCGCAAGGAGCUGGUCAAUGCCCAGUGUGCCAAGUUCAUCGAUGAGCAGCAGCUCCUGCACUGGCAGCACUAUGCCCGCAAGCGCACGCGGCUGCAACAGGCCCUGGUGGAGCAGCAGCAACAGCAAGCCCUGCAGCAGCAGCUCCCCCACAGCAACGCCGUGGCCAAGUGAGACGUGGUGUGUGGAUGAGAGAGAGAGAGAGACAGACAGAGAGACAGGAGGAAAAGGAGAGGGGAAUGAGAGAAACAGUCCAACUGUCUUGCUUCAGAAGACACUCUCAUGAACAGUGACAACUGGGUGGUGUUUGAAAGCAUCAAGGUGAGGUCGUCUCCCUAACACAUGGAGGGAAUAGAGAGAAGACAAAAGAAUAAGAGUUGGAGAUGGUAUGGCAGUGGGUGGAUGCUUACACUGUGGACAGAUGUACCUGUGGCAUUGCUCAAUGCUCAUCAUGCAACAAUAGUCAAGUUUGCCUUUAGUUUUUUCUUUGGUGUAUGAUCUUGGACACAACAAAAGCAAAUAGCUUUAAGACUGGGGUCUGGGUGAAGUAAAUGGAUUCACGUUAAAUUGUGGAAUUUGUCAUGGAGAGCCUGAAAGAAGUGCUCUGAUGGUUGAAUUUAAGUCUUUCUAAAAGUAGUAACAGUAAUUUGUGGUAUGCAAGAUGUCUGCCAGUUUGGAGUGACAUAGUAAUCAUUUUCAUUUCUUUUGCCACCCUCAGUUGUUUUUGUAAAAUGUGGAAAACCCUUUUGUACACUUAUUAAAGAGAUUUUGUAUAUCAAACAAUCUUUUUACAUGUUGUAUAAGUCUCACGUAGGUCAGCUAUGGGCUAUGUACUGCAUGCAAUGGAGAAACCUCAGACCAUCUGUGAAUCCUUGGCAGUUAGUUCAGAUUCUUUGCAAUAUCAAAUUAACCUCACCACUCAAAAAUAACAGGAGGUGACAUAGAAAUGAUGUACAAGAGGGGCAAGAGAGCUACUUCUAUGCUGACCUGGUGAGCUAUACUGAGAGAGAAGACUUUGCACAUCUUGCUAGCAUUACAAAUCAUCAGCAUCAGAUCCCUCUUCCAAGCAUUCAUUUACACAUGUUAAUGUUUUGAUAUACUAUGCAAAAGUGUUCAGCCCUUCCAUUUCCACAAUUCAUGAAAUUUUACAUUUCUAUUUAAAAUCUUUGUUCAAGUAUAUUUCCAAAGGCAAUAACAAGUUUGUCUGUGAACACUGAAAAUAAACUAAACUGAAUUGCA